AUGUCACGCAUGUACAGUUAUGUUCUUUCAUUACUUAUUUCUUCGUUGCGAAGUGGUGGCAGUGAUUUGCGACGCCGUGCUACAUCUAUCGACCAGCAAGAGAUACUGAUCGAAAUUCUUGUCUCAAUGGCAAAGCUAGUCUCGCAGGAAAGCGGUGGUCGAAGUCAGAAAGAGAAAGCUCUACGACGAGCGUUACGUGAACAACGUGAUUUGCUGAAUCUCUGUGGCUUACCAUUGCCCGUUGAUCCGACUGUUCGAGUGAAUAUGUUGCUCUCCGAUACUGCAACGCUCUUCAACAGCAAUUUGAUGCCAAUGAAAUUGACGUUUCGAACUGAAAAAGGCGAUAAUUUCGUUGCUAUUUUCAAACGUGGCGAUGAUCUCAGGUAA